AUCGUGAACCUACUGCAGAUCCAUGGUCCGUCUCGCCGCGCUCUGCACCGUCGUCGCGUCGGCGUUCGCGCUCGACUUCAAGCUGUAUGGACUCAACUACAACUCUCGUCAAGGUCCGGACUGGGACCCGAACAAGUGCAAAACCCAGGAGCAGAUUGACGCCGACAUGGUCAAGAUCGCCGCGAUCGCGCCGCGUGUACGCAUCUUCAGUCUUGUGGACUGCAACCAAGGCGAGAUGGUGUUGACCGCUGCGAAGAAGGCUGGGCUCAAGGUAUGGCUCGGCAUGUGGGUUACCAAGGACGUGAAAAGUGUUGUGAACGAACAACUCGCGAUGGAGAAGCUCAUCGAGAAGAACCUGAUCGAUGACUCCGUGCUGGGAUUGCACGUCGGCAGCGAAAACAUCUACCGCAAGGAUCUCACGGCCGUCCAGGCGAUAUCCUACUUGAACCAAAUCAAAGCGUUCCUGGCGGGGAAGCAAGUCAAGAUCCCUGUCACGAUUGCAGACAUUGUCGACGUCCUCGUCCAGUACCCGGAAGUGAUUGCCGCUGUGGAUGUCGUCCAGGCGAACUCGUUUCCGUUCUGGGAACCUGCUGCCAUCGAGACGUCUAUGGUGAACUUCCGCAUUAAGCUGGAUGCGUUGACGGCCGCUGCCAACGGCAAGGAAAUUCAGAUCGGCGAAACAGGCUGGGCAUCGGCUGGCCAGAACAAGAAUGCAUCUGUCGUGAGCCCGGAAAACCAAGCGGUUCGGUUGCUCUCCUCUCUCUCGUUGUCCAGUAACUUGCCUUGGUGCCCCCGUAGAAAUACUUGGUCGAUCUAGUCAACUUUGCCGACGCGCACAAGCUCAAGUACUUCUACUUUGCUGCGUUCGAUGACGCGUGGAAAGCGACCCAGGACGGCAACGUGGACUCGGUCGAAGCCCACUUUGGCAUUUACGACAGCAAGGGCGUGAUCAAACCCCACUUUGCCACACUCAAGCUGUCGCCGAGCGCAGUGGACGCAGACAAGACCAACGUCACGCUGGCCCCGCCCAAGCCAGGGACCACCCUCGCCCCCGCGGACAGCGGUGCUGCUUCCAUCUCGACCGUUGCGUUGGCAGUCUUGACGACCGCUGUCGCCUUCCUCCUUGUCUAAUUUGCGUGAACACACUUCUAGAUUCCAAAUACGUAUGCAUC